AUGAGUACAAUACUUCAAGGAGAUAAUUUCAUUGUAAAUGAUGAAUUUGUUAUACAUCCACAGACACAUAUGGUCAGAGAACAAUUCGACGUCCAGAUCACUGAAACUGGAAUUUUAGAAAAUGAUGGUGUUUUCAUGGCGUCCACUAGAGAUUCACCGUACCCUUUAGACUUUAUGUGGACUGGAGAUUUUAAAAACACGGGAAAUUUCACAUUGCACUCUGAAGGAAGUUUUGGUGCAUCCAUCUACUAUAUUAAGUCAUUAAAGUUCAGAAACACUGGAACUAUGAUUUUGGAUUAUGUAGGCGAUGGACUUGAAAGACAUUAUUACUCAUUAGAGGCUCCUGAUUGGGAAAAUCGAGGGUUGAUUGAAAUCAGAAAUGAAUCUCCAAUACUAGGAGAGUACAUCCAAGGAGGAAACUAUCAUAAUUUGACAAAUACCGGUAUUAUAAAAUUGCAGAGACAGAAAUAUUAUAUUGAUUCGGUACAUGUUUUAGGAAAAGGAUGUGUAUAUCUUAACGAUGGGUGUGAAGUAGAAAGUUUUACUGAAUGUACCAAUCAAAAUUAUGUUUUGGGUAAUAAUACCAUUUUUACUGUUCAUAAUAGAUACAAAAGAAGCUUUCAUAUUUCUAAUUUUGGCAAGGGUAAAUUUAUCGAAGUGGAAUACUUUCUUCCGGGGCCUGAUGCUAUAUUGUACAACCCUGAGUCUGGACACUUGACUUUAACUACGGUAGACAGAUCUACUCACUUUUUUAUCGGUAAGGGAUAUGACCUAAAAUUAUUUACAAUUGAUGACUCUGGUUAUCGUGUAGCUUAUGAGGGAGAAGUUCCUCCUGAUGCAAAUGAUGACAGUGAUUGUGGGGUAUUUCCUUAUGAUUCUCCAUUGUUGGUUGAUGAAUGUGAGCUGGACCCAAUAUCAUCAACAUAUACUAGCACAUUUGAAAGAGAAGCCACUACAUAUAUUGGUAUUGUGCAAGUGCAAACGGAUGAACGGGGUCUUUGGUAUACCAAGAUUCAUACUUUGGAGGAAAUGUUUUACAACACGAAUGCUGAAAGUGAUGAGACUGUAGCUCCUGAAAUGCUUACUAGAGCAACAAAAGAAGCAAAUUCUGCUAAAACCAACGAGAAUCCAGAAUCUGAGAAAUAUAAAGAAGGUGCUACAACCUACACUACUACAUAUGUAGACAAGGCUGGAGCAAGUAGAACUGGAAAAGUUAUGGUCACUAAUUCCAAAGGGAAAAGGUUCAGUACUACCAUAGAUCUUGGUACAAUUGAGUCCAUCACUUGCAUCACUACCACUAAUUUCACCGAAUGUGAACCUGAAACUUGCCCUGGUAAAGUUAUUUUUAACAAUACUAAGACUCUAUUUAUUGGCGGUUAG